AUGGCGACGGCUAUUGGGAUUCAUAACAUAAAUCCCUCAUUUCUUUUCACUAACAAAUCCACUAAGAUUUUUUCUUCGAACCCAUUUUUAUGCCUGUCUAAUUCCACCAAGAAAACCCCACAAAAGUGUUUAUCUUCAUCAAUCACUUCACGGGAUUUAGCCAUUUUUAAGGAGGAUUUGCAGAAUAAAGAUGCCCUUUUCCCAGAAAGAAUUGAUUCUUGGAUGCAGGAGUCAAUGCCGGAUAUUGUAAAGAAUCUGAAUCAGGCUCCCUUACUAGUCCACAUCUAUACAGAAGAUGAUGGGGUGAGGUUCAAGGCAGAAAAGGCCAUUUUUGAGGAAUGGCCAAUUGUGAAAGGUGGAUGGGAAAGUGGGGAAUCAAAAUCCCCAGAUGGGCUUAUUUUUGUUGAAGAGUUAGAGCAAAAUGGUUGUAGUAAUGAGAAGAUGAACCAAGAAUUUGUUGAAGAGGGUGUAACAAGGGCAUGGGGGGUGGUGGUGCAGGGUAAGGGGAUUGAAUGUGGACCAGCUUGUUAUUUGUUGAAGACUAGUAGGGUUGGUGGUGGGAUAGGCGGUGUUUGCUUAAUCCUACUUUUCAUUGCUGAUGGUUAG